AUGUCUACAUCAGUUUCCGCUGUCGAGCCGAUCAACCCAGAGAAACAGUUUGUACAAACGUACGUUCAAUUGAUGGGCUUAUCUGAAAACUCAUCCCCCAAUCAAUUUUACUCAACUCAUGAUUAUGAUAAGUUACAAUCAUUGGGGCCCAGUUUGCCCAAAUUCAACUACAAGUUUCCUACUACCAACAGAAGGGAAGGAGGAGAAGCAUUCGUCAAGUUGAAAUUUAAAUCAAUCAAACCCCCAUACAAAGUAUCGUGUGAAUUUGAUGCGUCCACAACCACAACCAUCUACAAAAUCAAAUCGGCAUUGAUUGCCCAAGCCGAUAGUUUACAAUCAGCUGGUAUAACACCAGACAAUGUUAAAUUGAUGCUCAAGUCCAAAGUUGUUCAAGAUGCGACUACGUUAUCAACAUUAGUUGGUGACAGCACUGAAUUAUCAUUUAAUUGUAUCAUUACACCACCUACGAAUAAAGAUACAGACAUAUUACCAUUAAAUGAGGAUUCACCAUCAAUUGUACCUCGUACCACCCUCAGCGCAUCAGCAUGGGAGCAAAUUUACAAAAUUGUCAAACAAGAUAUAUCUGAUCCAGCUCAAUCCGAGCAAUUAUUCAAGAAAUUAAAGGAAUGUGAAUAG